AUGAACGCGCUUUGGGUUUUUGCGAUUGCUGUUGGAGUUGUCGCGGGGGAUGUCGGCCUCGGGUACCAUUAUAAGGUACCUCAAAACUCGUACGGCGAACCAGCGUACCUAACUAGCACGGCCAGCGCUACCUACAACAGUGGCCUAACUGGAAGCACAAACAAGAACAACUAUAAUAACCAGUACUCAGGUUCCAACUACUAUACUGGAUAUAAUACUCACGGUGGGUUGAGCUCAACAAGUGGGCAGAACACUGGUUACACAGGAUUCCAAACUGUUGCAAGCUCGGCUGCAACCGGACCUGAUACUAUCUACUACACCGAUUUUCUACAACCGAACUAUCAGACUAGUAGCGAUUAUUCCGCUUUUAAUCAAUACCAAACGUCGGGCCAAUACCAGUCAUCGGCUGUCGAGAAAUACCAGCAAUAUUACGACGUAAUUCAACAGCAGCCAGCUGAAGUGUUUAAGCACUACUAUGUUCACGCUGCCCCCGAAGAACCUGAAAGGCCUAAACCUCGCCAGCCCAUAGUUUUGCCGCCAACACAAAAACACUACAAAAUCAUCUUCAUCAAAGCACCAUCUACACCAGCGCAGCCUCCACAAAUUAUCCCAGUACCACAACAAAACGAAGAAAAAACUCUUGUCUACGUUCUUGUCAAGAAGCCCGAAGAGGCACAGAAUAUCGUCUUACCUAAACUUGAACAGAAGGCUCCAACGAAACCGGAAGUAUAUUUCAUUAAAUACAACAACAAACAAGAUUCCCAGGCAGUUAUAAAUAACAUUGUAUCUGACUUAAAUAAAGGAGGUAACGUAGGAUCUGGAUACUCAAGCUAUACAGAUGGCUCUACGGUUUACACAACCUCAAACCAAGGAAGCGGUUCAUCGGGACCGUCUUACACGGAAAGUUUUAGUUUGUCUGGGGACCAAGGUUCAUCAUCGCUGGAUUCGUCCAGUGCAUUUGGAUCCUCCACUUUUGGUUCAGGUGGAUUAAGUAGUUCAAGCACACUCGGUACAGAAUCAAGUGGAUCGAACAUUUUCGGAUCUGGUUCAUCAGGCACCAACACGUUUGGUUCUGGUUCUACCUCAAGCACGUUUGGAUCUGGAUCUAGUACAUUUGCAUCUGGCGCUACAGGGACUGGAAACUAUGGAUCCUCAACUGGAACGUCUAGUUCUUAUGGAUCAUCUUAUGAUGGGGCUAAGGGUCAAAGUGUCAGCAUAUCGACGAUUGACGGCGGAGUUACCGAUAAUGGAUACGAUAGCUCCUCAGGAUUAUCCAGUCUUUCUUCGACCGCCAGCACUCUCACGGGCUAUGAUGCAAAUGCAAUUUCAACUAGUCAGGGUAUUCCCCACGAGACUUAUGGACCACCUAAGUUCAAAGUACUCUAG